AUGUCAGAAGAUCAAGAUAAAUAUAUAUUUUCAACAAAGAAUAUUGGUCAAUGUGAGAUCAAUGCUCAUCAUUUCUUUACAUGUGUUCAAGAAAAUAAGAAUAAUCCUAUUAAAUGUAUGGCUGCAUUCGAUAGAUUCGAAAAGUGUUGCGAUGAUGUAAGCAAUCUACCAGAGCCAGAGGAACACGAGAUUCAUCCAUUGGUUAAGACACUACAAUAUUAUGCACCAAGAUUGUUUACCUCUGAUAUGCCAAGAGAGAAGACUAUUCUAGCUGAAUCAUUAGGUAAAAUGAUGCCACAGAUUUUCGAUCCAAAGGAAGACGAAGACGAUUAA